UUUUAGAAGUAAACUUAAUAUUUCUUAAAGACUGACUUGAAGCAAAAUUAAUGAAACAGUUUCUAUGCCUAUCUUCAAGGUUGGCAAACCAUUUAAACUGGUGCCAUGAUAGAUAAGGUAGGGCUUCGUAACGUCAGUAACGGCCUUCCUAAAUGGAGAGGCCACAUUCAGAAGAGCCUGGUAACGUUCAUGUUUGGUUUGCUUAGCUCUGCGUUACUACCAUGGAAUUUGUAUCAAAACACAUGAGGUUGCAAAAGAAACCGCCGGCUCACUUAUGACGAGCUCCCUAUCCCCAGGCAAUGAAGACAAUACACGGUUAAUUAACGUGAUGAAAGGGGAAAAAAAGUCACAGCGAAGAUCGCAACAAGGAGAAACGGGGUUGAAAGGAGAAUGUAAUGACGAUCAGAUUUCUGGCAGCGAUUAAAUAUAAGGUACCAGCUGUUGACGGUGUGGGGCUCCUGCGUUUUGCAUUAACCGGGGGAAAAAGGUCGGCUGUUGCCGCUUCUCUCGAUCUUCAAAGGCGAAAGAUAGUCAGCAGUUCCGCCAGCGACUCUCGUUGGCUGGAGAAGCCGAGGAGGGAGCGCCGUGCCCCGGACUCCGCUGCGUCCAGAGGACGAUGGUACUUGACAAGGAGGAAGGUGUACCAAUGCUUUCUGUGCAACCGAAAGGCAAGCAGAAAGGUUGUGCUGGUUGCAAUCGCAAGAUCAAGGAUCGUUACUUGCUCAAGGCAUUGGACAAAUAUUGGCAUGAAGACUGUCUAAAAUGUGCCUGUUGUGACUGCCGUCUUGGAGAAGUCGGAUCAACACUCUAUACAAAAGCAAACCUAAUUCUCUGUCGUAGAGAUUAUUUAAGGCUUUUUGGUACCACGGGAAAUUGUGCAGCGUGCAGUAAACUGAUUCCUGCCUUUGAGAUGGUGAUGAGGGCCCGAGAAAAUGUCUACCACUUGGACUGUUUUGCCUGUCAGCUCUGUAAUCAGAGGUUUUGUGUGGGUGACAAAUUUUUCCUGAAGAAUAAUAUGAUCCUCUGCCAAAUGGACUAUGAGGAAGGGGCAAUGAAUGGAAGUUUCUCAUCACAAGUUCAGUGAUCUGCCCAUGGCCUUCUAAAGUGUUGUGGGAUGUUCAACACUUAAACGAAAAAUGGAGAGCAUUUGUCAGCUUGCUUGCAACACUUCAAUUAGUCCGGAAUGGAUUAAAGUAACUUUCUCCAACACUGAGCAGUUAAGAUUUUAGAUGCACAGCUGUGCUGUUUAGCUGGGCAGUGCUUUGCCUGUAUGUUUUGUGAUGUUGGGUCUGGGAGGGUAUGUACAGUGUUUCUGUAUAUAUAAACUGGAACAUUUAUUUUACAUAAAUGUAAUGCAAUUUUAUUAUUACUGGUGUGCAUUAAAGGAAAUUAAAUGUU